CCAAAAACAAUCACCCCGCCUCACCCCGCCAUCAGCUGGAACGAAAUAAACUUACCCCUCACCCCCUCUCCCCGCGCAAAUAAAAAUGGCAAAUUCAAAAUAUGAAUACGUCAAAUCCUUUGAGCAGCCUGAUUUGCUCUUACCAAACACGUGGAUCGUGAUACGGAUUGAUGGACGGGGAUUCCAUAAAUUCUCAGAUAAAUAUGCGUUCAAGAAACCGAAUGAUCGCCGCGCGCUGGAUCUCAUGAACGCCGCUGCGGAGAGGGUGCUGAUUGAACUGCCGGAUGUGGUUGUGGCGUAUGGGAUUAGUGAUGAGUAUAGUUUCGUGCUGCAUAGAUCAUGCACACUAUUCGAGCGACGAUCGAGUAAACUCGUCACAACAAUCGUCUCCAUGUUCUCAGCAUACUACGUCCACCUCUGGCCCUCCUUCUUCCCCUACUCGCCACUCACGUUCCCGCUUCCAGGCUUUGAUGGGAGGGCGGUGCAGUAUCCGACGGUCCAGAAUUUGAGGGAUUAUAUGAGUUGGAGGCAGGUUGACUGUCAUAUUAAUAAUCUGUAUAAUACGACGUUUUGGACGUUGAUACAGCAGGGGGGUAUGGAUGCGAAGGCUGCGGAGGCGGAGUUAGCGGGCACGCUGGCGGCGGAUAAGAAUGAGAUAUUGUUCUCGAGGUUUGGGAUGAAUUACAAUAAUGAGCCUGAUAUUUACAAGAAGGGGAGUAUAGUUUUCCGAGAUUAUGAAUUAGUAGAGGCUACCACAUCUUCGCCAGCGCUCAACGAGGAAGCUCUGACGGCCCCAGAAAUAGCUCUAUCAAAAACACAGGCAGAGAAGGAGAGGAAAGCAAGGCAGAAGGCAAAGGUCGUCGUUCAGCAUGUUGAUUUCAUAAAGGAUGACUUUUGGGAACAGAGGCCCUGGAUAUUAUCUAAUCGCCCCGGCAAGAUAAAACGCGAGCCGUGAAAUUCAUACAUAUUCAUCUCUA